AUGAGUCCACUUGUCCGGGUUAUUGUGGUUGGAGCAGGAUGUCGUGGGGAGAUCUACUCCCGCUUUGCCAUCGUCCACCCUGACCGUGUGCAGGUUGUUGGAGUAGCAGAUCCUAGGAAGUUCGCCCGCACAAAGUUCCAACAGCUGCAUAACAUUGCGGAUGAGAACUUGUAUGAAGACUGGCACAUUUUAGCUGAAAGAGAGAAGUGUGCAGAUGCUGUUUUCAUUUGCACUCCAGACAGCCUUCAUAAGGAACCUGCAGUGGCCUUCGCAAAGAAGGGCUACCAUAUUCUCCUGGAGAAACCAAUGGCUACAACGGCCAAAGACUGCAUAGAGAUUGUGGGGGCAUGCUCUGAGAAUGGUGUGAUGCUUUGUGUGUGUCACGUUCUACGGUACGAUCCCACCAUCAGCAAGAUAAAGAAGCUGAUAGACAGUGGCGUCAUUGGUGAUGUCAUCCACAUUCAGCACUUUGAGCCGAUUGGCUUUUAUCACUUUGCUCACUCCUACGUACGCGGAAACUGGAGGAAUGAAGCUGAGAGCUCUUUCUCUCUUCUGGCCAAAUCUUGCCACGACAUCGACCUCAUCCAUCUGUGGGCCGGGGAACGCAGGUGUUUGAAAGUGACGUCAUUUGGCUUCAUCAGCCACUUCACUAAAGAAAACAAGCCAGCACGGGCUAGUGAUCGCUGCCUGGACUGUUCAGUAGAGGAAAGCUGUCCAUACUCGGCAAGCAAAAUCUACUUGGAGAUAGUGAAACAGGGCCAAACUGGCUGGCCUGUGUCCAUCAUAUGCCCCAACUCUUUGCCAGACAUCGAGACAGUAACUGAGGCUCUAAAAAUCGGACCGUACGGCCGCUGUGUCUACGAGUGCGACAACAACGUCUGCAGUAAUCAGGUUGUUAACAUGGAAUUUGAAGGUGGCCUGACUGCUGCCUUUUCCAUGGUUGCUUUCACUGAGGAUAUUUGCAAACGAAAAACAACCAUCUAUGGAAGUAAGGGUGAGUUGUCAUAUACAGAUGACAAGAUUUAUGUGUACAACUUCCUGACCCAGAAAACCACCAAACAUGUAGCCAACACGGAAGGGCCCGCUCUAUAUGGUCUGCAUGGACACGCUCAAGCAGAUUACCAUUUGAUGGAUGCCUUCAUUUCUGCUGUGACUAACAAUGACCCAUCAUUCAUCGCUUCUGGUCCUGAGGAGACACUGAAGAGCCACUUGCUGGUGUUUGAGGCAGAACGAUCACGACGGGAAAGCAGUGUUGUUCACUUCGACCACUCUUGA